GUGGGGGUCACCUAGUGUGUGUGUGACACUGGGACAGAUUCCAAAAUCUGAAAGUAAGAAGGACAUUCCGUGAGAGUUUAGUUAGUCCCGUCCUCCUCCUGCUUCUAUAAAGGAGCAAAGACUGAGGAGAGUCCUGCUUGGAACUUGGAAGUUACGCACUGAGCGCUUUUACGCUCCACAAACGCCGGAGAGAAGCUGCAGUUUGAAAAGUUCAGGACUCUGAGCUCCGGACUCUGCUGCAGGACUGGCACCAUUGUUAGCAGAGAAGAUUGUGUUGAAAGCCAAAGCAGCCAUGGAUAUCUUUAUUAUCGAGGACGACUAUAAUGAGACCACAAACCUUUCUUUGUUUGAUUACCCUGAUAACUUUACUGAGGUUGACGAGGGUCUCAUCGACAAUGAAAAUUCCAAACUAUUCAUCCUUUACCUGGUCGUCUCUGCUCUGGGACUCAUUGGAAACUCUCUGAUCAUCUAUGUGGUCCUCCGGUAUAGACAGAUGAAGACCACGUCCAACAUCUACGUGUUCAAUUUGGCUUUAGGGGACCUGUUCUACAUGCUCUGCUUGCUGUUGUUUGCACUGGAAAUUGCUUAUGCUCGCUGGCCGCUGGGAGUGCACAUGUGCAAGGUAUUCUGGGCAGUGUCCACCACGGUUGCUUUCUCCAGCAUAUACUUCUUAACCACCAUGUCUGUCGGCAUCUGCAUGCAAGUGCAUUUUCCCAUCUUCUACAGCAAGAGGUUGGGACCUAAGGUAGCCGUAGGGAUCAGCAUCAGCAUUUGGCUGAUUUGUUUACUGCUUGGAAUUCCUAUAUAUAUCUUUUCUGGUUUAAAUGACACUGAAGGCUGCAAAAUUAAUUGGCCAGACCCCCUUUCAUCUAUUACCUUUACAACAUACCAGAUAGUCCUGGCCUUUGGCGUACCACUUAUAAUAAUUUGCAUCUGCCUGAUCCUAACGGCUUAUACGACAAAGUGCUAUGCCCACAAAGGUGUAGACAAGACCAACAUUGUUUUCCUCACUCUUCUCACUCUUCUAUUUGUCAUCAUCUGGCUCCCAAUAUACGUUCUAGAGAUGAUGGCUGUGAUGACCGAUCUGAUGGUAUUCAGCGAGGAGGUCUAUUACACCAUUAGUCUCCUGCCUUAUCUGAAGUGCUGCAUCUACCCAAUCAUGUAUGGAACUUUGUCCACAAGCUUCAGAGAGAUCUUCAGGAGCAUGUUCUGCUGCAGAUAAUUCAACGACAUUAGGGGAAAGAAAAACUCUCGGGAGAAGUCUGUGGGUAAACAAGGACUCUAAAUUCUGCCAAUUUCAAAAUCUAUGAACGAAGACUGAGAUUUGGAGAGUCCUUCUCAAACUGUCCAAGUAAUGUGAUCUGAACAUCACAGUGAUGCUUGCCAUAGAACAUUAAAUAUAUUUGUAACUCUCAGACAUGUAGAUAUAAUAUAUUUUAACCCACAUAUUCAAGGAAAACUUUAGCCCAAGUAUAUGUAAAACCUUCAUGAGAACAGUGGCACAGUGGGAAAUUUUGGGCGUGCCAUAUUUUACAGUAGCCUAAAGCCAAUUAUUGACAUCCAUUAACCCAGGCUUGGACUGGCUUGCCACAGUCCCAGAGGAUGUUGCAGUGGGCCCAGAUUAUGAUGGCUCUAGCCAAGGACAAUUCCCAGCAACUCUUUCUUAUUCUCAGAAUCAGCCUCAAUAAAACCUUAAACAUUUCCAUCUAUGUAGACAUUUUGUGACAGCAGGCCCUGAAUGUCAGGAUGGUGGGACCUAGGAGGCCCAGUCUGGCACUGCAUUCGCCCCUAAGGACAAUGGACUCUAAACUGUGGGGCUGAUCCUCAUGGGGAACUCAUAGCCUCCUGAAGCCAGCUAGAUAUUCUCCUAGAUACACCUGAAUACUGUAGUUUUCCUACUUAGCCAGUUAUUAUGUUUGCAGUAAUGUAUAGCAGUGAUGUAUAAUUUAUCAGCCAGAUAUAGAUGAAAUUGAGUCCAUUAAGCCCCCCCCCUCUUUAUAUAUAUAUGCAUUCUAAGGUACUAGGAAGCAUCAUAUGCAAAAGGAAUAUUAUGCUUCCUAAACAUACUUGGCAGUGUUAAACAUAACUGUCCCAUAGAACUUGAUUAUAAUGAUAAAAGUGCAAUGGUCCAUCAGCACCAUGCCGCAUUUCAUUCCAAGUUUUAGGCCACACACACCUAUGAUGUUCCCCAACACAACUUUCUGCUAAAGUCUUCCUGACCCCUACGGAUAAAACAGUACUGGGGCUGUCACACCUAAAUAGUGAUAUCUGUCUACUUUGUGACAUCACUUGCUAUGAAUUAUGUGUCUGAUCUUGAGAGAGCCUACACACACAAUCCGAGCCUGCUGCUGUCAAACAACAUGGGAAGUUUUAUACAUCGCUCUGUAUGGGUGCUGGUCUCUUCAGCAUUGUCUUUUAUUGAUGACCUAUUUCAUACUAUGGAGAUCAACCUGACUUAAGUAGGACUGUCUUCCCUCCACUGUGUUCUACUGAAGAACAGAAUAGACUGUACCUGUGGUUCCUCGCUUGCAUCUCAGUUAAUAGAUGCCACUGUCCGGGAAAUGACAGCUUAGGCACGGCCAUGGUCCUCCCGGGAUGGUGCUGACACAAGUCUGAAGGACAUUUGUCAUUAACUUGGUCACUGAUGAAAUAACUGUGCAGGAUUAUUGUCGGGGGCAUAACUACAGAGGAAGCAGACCCUGUGGUUGCAGGGGAGCCUGGGUGUUAUAGGGGCCCUACAAAGCCCUAAAUAAUAAGCAAUAGUGAUGGGCGAAUUUCUCCCUUUUCUCCCGUCUCCGUGAAACGCAAAUUUUGACACCGGCACAGGCAUCAAAAUUGAUGCCGGCUACAAUUCAGACGUGGCGACAAUUUGACGCUUACAGACAGGCGUCUGAAUUGUCGCGGGCUCUUAAUUGUGUCCGGCGUCAAAAAUACUUUGACUCCAGAGAAAAUUAGCUGCAAUUCCAUGAAUUUAUUCGCUGGUGGCGAAAUGCGGAAAUUAGUCGCAAAUUCGCACCUGGUGAAUAAAUUCGUCCAUCACUAAUAAACAAUUUCAGUGUAUACUGUAUUGUAAAAUAGGGCAACCUCUGGUUAUGUUGGGGCCCUAAAUUUUGCUGUGGGGUCCAGUAACAUCUACUGUAGUUAUGCCACUGAUCAUUGUCCUAUCUAUCAUUUCAUAUUGUCAGUAUUGUUUGAGCUUCACACUAUUUACACCUUUACAUAUGCUCUUGUUAUUAUCAGUUAUUAUGUACCUUGUAAUACAUUUAUUUUUUUACAUGA